UGUCCCAGGUCCGCUUUCCCUGCUGUUCCACAUCCCCACGCCGCUGCUGCGAUGCGCCCCUGCCCGUGGCGCCUGCGCCUUGCUGCGCCCACCCUGGUCCUGAUUCUCACUUGGGGGCUGCUGGCUGGACCCGCAUCUGCAGCCUCCUUCUUCGGCGAGAGCCACCUGGAAGUACCUGUGGCCACAGCCCUGGCUAAUAUCAGCCUGCAGCUGCAGUUCUCCACGGCCCAGCCCGAGGCCCUGCUCUUUCUGGCAGCUGGGGAGAAUGAUCACCUGCUGCUGCAGCUCUACAAAGGACGCCUACAGGUCAGACUUGUUCUGGGCCAGGAGGAGCUGAGGCUGCAGACUCUGGCGGAGCUACUGCUGAAUGACUCCAUCCCCCACUCUGUGGCGCUCACUGUCUCAGACAGCCAAGCUGAGCUAUUCAUUGAUGGACUUUUCAAUGCCUCUGGCCUAGUCCCAGAAGGCCCCCUUGAUGUCCCCUAUGGGCUCUUUGUUGGGGGCUCUGGGAGCCUGAGCCUGCCCUACCUGGUAGGGGCCAGCCGACCCCUGCGGGGCUGUCUCUUCACUGCCACCCUCAAUGGCCGCAGCCUCCUCCGCCCGCUGACCCCCGACAUCACAGAGGGCUGUGCUGAGGAGUUCUUAGCUGGGGAUGACAUGGCCCUGGGCUUCUCUGGGCCCCACUCACUGGCGGCCUUCCCUGCCUGGAGCACUCAGGACAAGGGCACCCUGGCAUUCACGCUUACCACGAGAAGCUGGCAUGCACCCCUGGCCUUCCAGGCAGGGGGCCAGCGUGGAGACUUCAUCUACGUGGACAUCUUCGAGGGGCACCUGCGGGCUGUAGUGGAAAAGGGCCAGGGUACUGUCUUGCUGCACAACAGUGUCCCUGUGGACGAUGGGCAGCCCCAUGAGGUCAGUGUCCACAUAGAUGCCCACCGUCUGGAGAUUUCCGUGGACCAGUACCCCACACGCACCUCGAACCGUGGGGCCCUCAACUACCUGGAGCCACAUGGCAGCCUCCUCCUCGGGGGACUGGAUGCAGAGGCCACCCGCCUCCUGCAGGAACACCGCUUGGGCCUGGCACCAGGCACAGCCAAUGCCUCCCUGCUGGGCUGCCUGGAGGAUCUGAGCAUCAAUGGGCAGCGGCAGGGCCUCCUCCAUGCUAUGCUGACCCGUGGCAUGGCAGCCGGCUGUAGGCUGGAUGAAGACGAGUAUGAGGACGACGCCUACAGCUCCUACGAGGCCCUGUCCACCCAGGCACCUGAGGCAUGGCCAGCCAUGGAGCUGCCUGAGCCAUGCACGCCCGAACCAGGGCUGCCACCUGUCUUCUCCAACCUCACCCAGCUGCUGACCAUCAGCCCACUGGUGGUAGCUGAGGGUGGCACAGCCUGGCUGGAGUGGCAGCACGUGCAACCCACACUAGACCUGCAGGAGGCCGAGCUGCGCAAGUCGCAGGUGCUGUUCAGCGUGACCCGGGGAGCACGACACGGCAAGCUGGAGCUCGACGUCCCAGGCGCCCGAGCACGGCAAAUGUUCACCCUGCUGGAUGUGGUCAACCGCAAAGUCCGCUUUGUCCAUGAUGGUGCUGAGGACCCCGCCGACCAGCUGGUGCUGGAGGUGACUGUGACAGCACGGGUGCCUGUGCCCUCCUGCCUGCGGCGGGGCCAGACCUACCUGCUGCCUGUGCAGGUCAACCCUGCCAAUGACCCACCCCGCAUCAUCUUCCCGAAUGGCAACCUCAUGGUGAUCCUGGAGCACACACAGAAGCCCCUGGGGCCUGAGGUCUUCCAAGCCUAUGACCCAGACUCUGCCUGCGAAAGCCUCACCUUCCAGCUCCUGGGAGACUUAGCUGGGCUCCCAGUGAAGCACCGGGAUCGCCUUGGGGAGCCAGUGCCCGAGUUCUCCUGCCGCGAGCUGGAGGCAGGCGACAUCAUCUAUGUCCACCGUGGUGGCCCCGCACAGGCCCUGACAUUCCGUGUGAGUGAUGGGCUGCAGGCAAGCCCCCCUGCCACACUGAACGUGGUGGCCAUGCGGCCAGCAAUCCGGAUUCGCCACAGCACAGGGCUGCACCUGGCACAGGGCUCUGCCGCACCCAUCUUGCCUGCCAACCUCUCAGUGGAGACCAACGCUGUGGGGCAGGAUGUGAGUGUUUUGUUCCGUGCUGUGGGUGCCCUGCAGUUUGGGGAGCUACAGAAGCAAGGGGCAGGUGGUGCGGAAGGGGCUGAGUGGUGGGCCACGCAGGCCUUCCACCAGCAGGACGUGGAACAGGGCCGUGUGCGGUACCUGAGCACUGACCCCCAGCACCGUGCCCAGAACACUGUGGAGAGCCUAGUGCUGGAGGUGCAGGUGGGCCAGGAGACCCUGAGCAACCUGUCUUUCCCGGUGACCAUCCAGAGGGCCACUGUGUGGAUGCUGCAGCUGGAGCCACUGCACACACAGACCACGCAGCCAGAGACCCUCACCACGGCCCAUCUGGAGGCUGCCGUGGAAGAGUCGGCUGGCCCAAGCUCCGGCAGCUUCCACUACGAGGUGGUCCAGGCUCCCAGGAAAGGGAAUCUGCAGCUUCAGGGUAUAAGGCUGUCAGCUGGCCAGGGCUUCAGCCAGGAGGACGUGCAGGCUGGGCGUGUGACCUAUGCAGCCACAGCACGAACCUCCGAGGCCAUUGAGGAUGCCUUCCACUUCCGUGUCACAGCACCACCACACUUCUCCCCACUCUACACCUUCCCCAUCCACAUUGGUGGUGACCCUGAUGCUCCUGUCCUCACCAACGUCCUCCUCCUCGUGCCCGAGGGUGGUAAGGCCAUCCUCUCUGCUGACCACCUCUUUGUCAAGAGCCUCAAUAGUACAAGCUACCUCUAUGAGGUUAUGGAAAGGCCCCGCCAUGGGCGGCUAGUGUGGCGGGAGCCACGGGACAAGGCCACCACAGUGACAUCCUUCACCAAUGAAGACCUGCUGCACGGCCGACUGCUCUACCAGCACGAUGACUCUGAGACCACUGAAGAUGACAUUCCAUUUGUGGCCACUCGCCAGGGUGAGGGCAGUGGCGACAUGGCCUGGGAGGAAGUUCGAGGUGUCUUCCAAGUGGCCAUCCAGCCAGUGAAUGACCACGCCCCUGUGCAGACUGUUAGCCAUGUGUUCCAUGUGGCCCGUGGUGGGCGGCGGCUGCUGACAACAGAGGAUGUGGCCUUCAGUGAUGCAGACUCAGGCUUUUCUGACGCCCAGCUAGUGCUGACCCGCAAGGAUCUCCUGUUCGGCAGCAUCGUGGCAGUGGAUGAGCCCUCACGGCCCAUCUACCGUUUUACCCAGGAGGACCUCAGGAAGAAGCGGGUCCUCUUUGUGCACUCAGGGGCCGACCAUGGCUGGAUGCAGCUGCAGGUGUCCGAUGGGCAGCACCAGGCCACCGCCAUGCUCGAGGUGCAGGCUUCAGAACCCUUCCUCCAUGUGGCCAACGGCUCCAGCCUUGUGGUCCCUCAGGGAGGCCAGAGCACCAUUGACACCACUGUUCUCCCUCUGGACACCAACCUGGACAUCCGUAGUGGAGACGAGGUCCACUACCAUGUCACAGGUGGCCCUCGCUGGGGGCAGCUGCUCCGCGCUGGUCAGCCAGCCACCACCUUCUCCCAGCAGGACCUGCUGGAUGGCAUUGUCCUCUAUAGCCACAACGGCAGCACCAGCCCCCGCGACAUGCUGGGCCUCUCAGUGGAGGCAGGGCCGGUACACACAGAAGCCACCCUCCAAGUGACCAUUGCCCUUGACAGUCCACCAGCACCGCUGCAGCUGGUUCGGCAUGAGAAGAUCUACGUCUUCCAGGGGGAGGCGACUGAGAUCAAACAGGACCAGCUGGAGGCAGACCAGGAGGGGGUAGCCCCCGCAGACAUCAUGUUCUCAGUGAGGAGCCCCCCGAGUUCGGGCUACCUGAUGAUGUCCCACACGGCAGCGGGGCCGCCCAGCCUGGCCCCAGUGCCCAGCUUCUCCCAGGAGGCCGUAGCCGCUGGCCGGGUCCUCUACCUGCACUCCCGCCCCGGGUCCUGGAGCGACACCUUCACCUUGGACGUGGCCUCGGGACUGGGUGCCCCUUUGGAGGGGAUCCGCAUGGAGUUGGAGGUGCUGCCCACCACUGUCCCCCUGGAGGGGCAGAACUUCACCGUCCCCGAAGGCGGUACCCGUACCCUGGCCCCGCCGUUGCUCCAAGUCACUGGGCCCUAUUUCCCCACUCUGCCCGGCCUCGACCUACGGGUACUGGAGCCGCCCCACCACGGAGCCCUGCAGAGGGAGGAGCAGCCCAGAGACGGGUCCCUCGAUGUCUUCUCCUGGAGAGAGGUGGAGGAGCAGCAGAUCCGAUACGUGCACGAUGGGAGCGAGACCCUGACCGACAGCUUUGUCCUGGUGGCCAAUGCCUCGGAGAUGGACCGCCAGAGUCAGCCACUGACCUUCACCGUCACCAUCCUGCCUGUUAAUGACCAAUCACCUGUCCUCACCACAAAUACGGGCAUGCAGCUAUGGGAGGGGACCACCGUGCCCAUUCCUGUCGAGGCCCUGCGGGGCACAGAUGGCGACUCAGGACCCGAGGACUUGAUCUACACCAUUGAGCAGCCCAGCAACGGGCAUGUGGCGCUGCGUGCAGCGCCGGGCACCGAGGUCCACCACUUCAACCAGGCCCAGCUGGACGCUGGACUGGUGCUAUUCUCGCACAGAGGAGCCCUGGACGGAGGCUUCCGCUUUGAGCUCUCCGAUGGCAAGCAUGUGUCCUCAGGCCACUUCUUCCACGUGAUGGCCCAGAAGCAAGUGCACUUGUCACUGGAAGGCACCCGCACGCUGACUGUCUGUCCAGAGUCCAUCCAGCCACUCAGCAGCCACAGCCUCAGUGCCAGCUCCAGCUCCGGUACCGACCCCCAACACCUGCUCUACCGAGUGCUUCAUGGCCCCCAGCUUGGCCGGCUGCUCCACACCAAGCAGGGCAGUACCUCUGAGGCCCUGGUCAACUUCACUCAGGCUGAGGUGUCUGCUGGGAAUGUGCUAUAUGAGCACGAGCCGUCCGGCAAGCCCUUCUGGGAAGCCCAUGAUGCCAUAGAGCUCUUGCUGUCCUCACCCCCUGCCCCUGAUGUGGCCGCCGUGCUGACCGUGGUCGUGUCUUUCGAGGCUGCCUGUCCCCAGCGCCCUAGCCGCCUCUGGAGAAACAAAGGUCUCUGGGUCUCUGAGGGCCAACGGGCGAAGAUAACUGUGGCUGCCCUGGAUGCUGCCAACCUCCUGGCCAGUGUCCCCGCACCCCAGCGUCUCGAGCAUGAUGUGCUGUUCCAGGUGACACAGUUCCCAACACGGGGCCAGCUACUGCUGUCUGAGGAACCUCUCCACGCAGGGAGGCCACACUUCUUGCAGAGCCAGCUGGCUGAAGGGGAGCUGGUGUAUGCCCACGGCGGUGGUGGCACCCAGCAGGAUGGCUUCCGCUUCCAUGCCCACCUCCAGGGGCCAGCAGGGACCUCCGUGGUGGGACCCCAAACUGUGGAGGCAUUCACCAUCACCGUGCGGGAUGUAAAUGAGCGCCCACCUCAGCCACAGGCCUCAGUGCCACUCCGGCUCACUCGGGGCUCCCGUGCCCCUGUCUCUCGAUCCCAGCUGAGUGUGGUGGACCCAGACUCAGCCCCUGGGGAGAUCCAGUAUGAAGUGCAGCGAGCUCCCCACAACGGCUUCCUCAGCCUGGUGGGGGUCAGCCCGGGGCCCGUGACCCGCUUCACCCAGGCUGAUGUGGACGCGGGACGGCUGGCCUUUGUAGCCAAUGGCAGCAGUGUGGCGGGCAUCUUCCAGCUCAGUGUGUCUGAUGGGGCCAGCCCGCCCUUGCCUGUGUCCCUGGCUGUGGACAUCUUGCCAUCUGCCAUCAAGGUGCAGCGGCAGGCCCCUCUGGAGGUGCCCCAGGCUUCAGGGCAUGCCUCGCUGAGCCGGCAGCAGCUCUGGGUGCUCUCAGACCGGGAAGAACCAGACACGGUCUACCGCCUCACCCAGGGGCCCCAGUAUGGGCAGUUGCUGGUGAGCGGACAGCCCACCUCAGCCUUCAGCCAGCUGCAGGUGGACCAGGGGGAGGUAGUCUUCACUUUCACCAACUUCUCCUCCUCUUCUGACAACUUCCGGGUCCUGGCACUGGCCAGAGGUGCCAACACAUCUGCCACGGUGAACGUCACUGUGAGGGCCCUGCUGCAUGUAGGAGCAGAUGGCCCUUGGCCCCAGGGUGCGACCUUGCGCCUGGAUUCUACUGUGCUGGAUGCCAGUGAGCUGGCCAACCACACAGGCAGUAUACCCCGCUUCCGGCUCCUGGUGGGACCCCGGCAUGGCCGGCUGGUGCGUGUUCCCCGAACACAGAUGGAGCCCAAGAGCCAGCAGCCCGUGGACCAUUUCACACAGCAGGACCUCGAGGCUGGGAGGCUGGGGCUAGAGGUGGGCAGGCCAGAGGGCCAGGCACUCAGGCCCACAGGGGACAGCCUCACUCUGGAGCUAUGGGCCCAGGGUGUCCCGCCCGCCGUGGCCUCACUGGACUUUGCCACAGAACCUUAUGAUCCAGCUCGGCCCUACAGUGUGGCGCUGCUCAGUGUCCCUGAGGCUGCUCGGACAGAAGCAGGAAAGCUGGACAGCAGCACCCCCACAGGUGGGCUGGCCCCAGCAGCGUCCAGCCCGGUGCCCACUGUGGCCAGGGGUGGCUUUCUGGGCUUCCUAGAGGCCAACAUGUUCAGUGUCAUCGUCCCCGUUUGCCUGGUCCUGCUGCUCCUGGCACUCAUCCUGCCGCUGCUCUUCUACCUCCGCAAGCGCAACAAGACAGGCAAGCAUGAUGUCCAGAUCUUGGCUGCCAAGCCCCGCAAUGGCCUUGCUGGUGACACAGAGACCUUCCGCAAGGUGGAGCCAGGCCAGGCCAUCCCACUCACCGCCGUGCCUGGCCAGGGGUCCCCACCGGGAAGCCAGCCCGACCCCGAGCUUCUACAGUUCUGCCGGACACCCAACCCUGCCCUCAGGAACGGCCAGUACUGGGUGUGAGCCAGGAGGGUAGUGCUGGCUGGUAGGCCCUGCUCCCGUUCCCUGGCGCUGCGAGUCCCCACAGCGAGACCUGGAGAGCCAGGCGGUGGAUGCCAGGAGCGGCCCCAGGGUACAGGAUGGAUGGAGUCAAGAGCUGGACUCUCCCAGUUCACAGAACCUGGAGAACUGAGGAUUCAAGAGGAGAGGUGGCUGAGUCAGGCCUGUGUCCUGGAGUUGGUCUGACUUUUAAAGCCAGGGCAGUCACCUAGGGGGGUCAGCACUCUGCUUGGACCUGGGUCUGUGUCAUUGAAUAAGUCAUGCCUGACCCAAGCUGUCACGAAGGACAGGAGGAGAGAGACUUGGAGAUGGGCCAGGUGGAGGGGAUGAUCUGAUCCUGGCUUUCCCAGCCCACCCCAGGCCUCUACCAUCUCUGCCCAGGGCUGGGGCAGCCUUUUCCACCUCUAGGAUUUUAGGGCCAUGGUUUUCUGGGGGCAGGGAGCAGGAGGGGUGCCCCUCCUCUCCAAAAGGCAUUCACCUAUAGAAUAAUAUAUUCGGGGUGCAGGGUGGGUGGGUGCUCAGAAGUGGUUUAUUUCAGGGGAUUGCAAGGAAGCUAUUUAACAUGGUGCUGGGCCUGCAGGGCCUAAUGGCACACACACCCUCCCGGGUUGGGAUGGGGGAGUCUGGAGCCCUUCUACUGCCAGAGCCACUGUGAUGGGCCAAGGACAGAGCAAGCCCAGAGCAGACUGGGCUGACGUGGGGAUCUUGAGCCACCAAAGUGCCUGUGCACCCUGAGGACUGGGGACAGCCAAGUGGGGGCCUUGGUCCUUACAGCCUGGAUAAAUGGGGCUUGGGCGGCUCUUGACAGCUGUGUGUGCUUCGUCUGACUCUCUGGGCAGCCUUGCUCUCCAGGGCUAGCAAUGGGGUGAGGAGGGCUGGGAAGCCCUGCGUGUCCACCUCUGGGGCCAUCCAGGGCUGCUGUGCCAAUCUGAUGA